AAAUGGCCCCGUAGGGCAACAAGGAUGGUUAGUUUUGACCGGAUUUAUUGGUGCCAUGAAAAAUCAAUCCUAAUUGGCAGCUAUUGUGGACUUUUAUAUCUGCCGGACCCCUUUUUUUGAACUGUCACUAAAUGAAGGGGUUCUGGCCUGGGAAGUCCCGUCCAUUCCCUCAAUUGGAUAGGGAGCGGGGACAGUGUCCCCAACGAUCUCAUGAAUAGGAGGGAAUGUUGACCAGGGAGCACCGCUGCGGCCGAUCAGAGGAGCAGGAACUGGAGCCCGGGCUGAGUCCGAAAAAACCCGGAUCUGGACGUUGGCUCCGGAAAGGUUGGAAGUGGACGAUGGAGGAGCCGGAGGAACCGGCGGACAGUGGGCAGUCGCUGCCCCCGGUUUAUAUCUACAGUCCAGAGUAUGUCAGCAUGUGCGACUCCCUGGCCAAGGUCCCCAAACGGGCCAGUAUGGUACAUUCUUUGAUUGAAGCAUAUGCACUGCAUAAGAAAAUGAGGAUAGUGAAGCCCAAAGUGGCCUCCAUGGAGGAGAUGGCCACCUUCCACACUGACGCGUAUCUGCAGCAUCUCCAGAAGGUCAGCCAAGAAGGCGAUGAUGAUCACCCAGACUCCAUAGAAUACGGGCUAGGUUAUGACUGCCCAGCCACUGAAGGGAUAUUUGACUAUGCAGCAGCUGUAGGAGGGGCUACAAUCACAGCUGCCCAAUGCCUGAUCGAUGGAAUGUGCAAAGUAGCAAUUAACUGGUCUGGAGGGUGGCAUCACGCAAAGAAAGAUGAAGCAUCUGGUUUUUGUUAUCUCAAUGAUGCUGUCCUGGGAAUAUUACGAUUGCGACGGAAAUUUGACCGUAUUCUCUAUGUGGAUUUGGAUCUGCACCAUGGAGAUGGUGUAGAAGAUGCCUUCAGUUUCACCUCCAAAGUCAUGACUGUGUCCCUGCACAAAUUCUCCCCGGGAUUUUUCCCAGGAACAGGUGAUGUGUCUGAUGUUGGCCUAGGGAAGGGACGGUACUACAGUAUAAAUGUGCCCAUUCAGGAUGGCAUACAGGAUGAGAAAUAUUACCACAUCUGUGAAAGUGUACUAAAGGAGGUAUACCAAGCCUUUAAUCCCAAAGCAGUGGUCUUACAGCUGGGAGCUGAUACAAUAGCUGGAGAUCCUAUGUGCUCCUUUAACAUGACUCCUGUGGGAAUUGGCAAGUGUCUUAAAUACAUCCUUCAGUGGCAAUUGGCAACACUCAUUUUGGGAGGAGGAGGCUAUAACCUUGCCAACACGGCUCGAUGCUGGACAUACUUGACCGGGGUCAUCCUAGGGAAAACACUAUCCUCUGAGAUCCCAGAUCAUGAGUUUUUCACAGCAUAUGGUCCUGAUUAUGUGCUGGAAAUCACGCCAAGCUGCCGGCCAGACCGCAAUGAGCCCCACCGAAUCCAGCAAAUCCUCAACUACAUCAAAGGGAAUCUGAAGCAUGUGGUCUAGUUGACAAGAAGAGAUCAGGUUUCCAGAGCUGAGGAGCAGUGCCUGUAAUGAAGACAGCGUGUUUAUGGGAGCAGUUUGUGGAAUUUGUGACUGCAGGGGAAAUUUGGAAGAAAUUACUUCCUGAAAAUUUCCAAGGGGCACCAAGUGGCAGCUGGCCUCCUGGGGUGAGGAGGCAGGCACCCCAGAGUCCUCAACUAGGCCUAGGUAAAGAGGGAAAUAUCCAACAUUUAAAGUGUUUAUUUUUUAAAAAUACACAAAUGCAGUUUAUAAUCUUUGAAAAUUAUUUUUAAAUGAAUUGGGGAGGGGGGGUAUUUUUAUUUUCUUAAAGGGGACAGAUCAGAAGCAGGAGGAGAGCAGGGAGCUUUGGUCACCAGUUUGUGGGUCACCAGUUUUGUGGACAGCUGAGAGGCAGGGUUCGGGCCUCAGGACCUUCCAAGUAGAGCCCUGGGGGAGAGAGGACUGAUCAGCAAACUGGGAUAUGGGGAAAAGUCCACUGGUGUUGUUUUAGGAUUAUGUACCUAUUUUAUUUUCUAAUAAAAUCUUUGAAAAACUCUUCUCUA